GCCCAAGAGAGACCCCCUUUAUGUACAAUCCUUGGCGCAGCGCCGGAGCGUCGGGAGCCUCGAAUUGCGGCGGCGGCGGCAGCGGCGGCGGCAGGGAAGGCAACCUCAGGUGUCCUGGCGGCGCGCUGCGAAGGAUGAAGGGCUUCCUCCGCUUGGUUUUGGGCUACUUGGCGGCAGAGCUUCUCCCCCCUCUCCUGUGUCGGGCGCAGGAGAAAGUCGGGCAACACCUGGGCAGCAUCGUGAUGCUGUUCGAUUCCGGCGGGAACCACAGCCGGGCGGGCGAGCCGCCACCCGCCGACGCCUCGGAGCCGCCCCCCAGCCCGGAGGCAUGCCGGGGCUACUUCGAUGUGAUGGGCCAGUGGGACGAGGCUUUCAACUGCAGCGUCCGCGGCUACCCGUUCUGCUGUGGCACGUGCGGCUUCCGCUUCUGCUGCCAGGAUCAGAAGAGGCGGUUGGACCAGGACGUCUGCACUAACUACAUCAAGCCCCCCUGGCUGAACGGGCGCAAGAUGACCAACCGGCCCAUGGAUCCGUCCCAUGACCCCACCCGCGACAAGACCAACCUCAUCGUCUACAUCAUCUGCGGGGUGGUUGCUGUUAUGGUUUUGGUGGGCAUCUUCACCAAACUGGGGCUGGAGAAAGCACACCGGCCCCAGCGGGAACACAUGUCCAGAGCUCUGGCUGAUGUGAUGCGACCAGAAGGUGCCUGCACCACCGAUCACAUGGAAACCGAUCUCAACAUUGUGGUUCACAUGCAGCAUUACGAGACCAUGGAGACAAGAGCGCAGGCUAACAACUUACGUAAGUUUGAUGGCGUCGAUGUGUCUCGCUUGGUGGCCUUGUUGGGGUUCCUUAUGCCCGCAAGAGGCUGA